AUGACACCAGUGCCGGAUUACAAAGUGCGCAAACACUUCCCUCCUGGGCCUCGGCAGCAGCCUCUUGUCGGGAAUCUCAAAGAUAUACCCUCCGGAGGCAACGAAUGGGACGCAUACGAGGCGCUUGGGAAGAAAUGCGGAAGUGACGUAGUGUACUUCAACGCGCUGGGUUCGCAUUUAGUCGUUCUAAACAAGUUUGAGGCUGCACGGGAGCUACUUGACAAGAAAGGAUCCAUAUACUCCUCUCGUCCUCGGCUUGUCAUGAUCAACGAACUCUGGGGAUGGGAUUGGAAUCUCAUUAUGAUGCCCUUGGGCAAGGCAUUCCAAGCCUAUCGUAAAGUUGUGCAGCAGGAGUUUCAGCCUUCAGUAGUUGCGGAGUCGCACAGGAUCAUCAUGGCGCGAGAGACAAUCGCUAUGCUUGGACGCCUUAUGAAGACACCCGAUCAUCUGCCCGAGCACCUGAAACAGAUGGCAGGCGCGACGAUCAUGGCUAUCACGUACGGCCACCAUGUUACCUCAGCGGACGACGAGUUCGUUGCACUCGCAGAGGCGGUCCGCGAGCACGCCGAGAAGACACCUGGCAGCAGCAUUGUCGACGUCAUACCGCUAUUGAAGUAUCUUCCAUCCUGGUUCCCAGGUGCACAAUUCCAGCGCGAUGCCGAGAUCAUGCGGCGCCUAUCCCUGGAUAUGCGCCUGGCUCCGUACAAUGCUGUAAAGAAGCUCAUAGACUAUGGCACAGCGGUUCCGUCGAUUAUAACCCGCCUGAUUCAAAGUGAAUCCCCACUGGAAGGCGUUCCGGCGGGUGAGUUUGCCAUGAACGCCGCUGGCGUCAUAUACAGCGCUACUGUCUCUGCCUUGCUCAACUUUGCGCUUGCCAUGAGUUUGUACCCAGAGGUGCAGGAACGCGCCCAGCAGGACUUAGACAGAGUUGUUGGGCGAGACAGGCUCCCUACAUUUGAGGAUCGUCAGGAGCUCCCAUACGUGUCGAAUCUUGUCAAGGAGACACUGCGAUGGAAGGCCGUCUCUCCGUUGGCGCUUCUACUAACUGCCAGAUGCAACAGCGCGAUGCUCCAUGACGAAUCUGUCUACACAAGUCCUCACGAGUUCGAUCCGAACCGCUAUAAUCCAACGCCUAAGAGACCGACGGGAGAACCAGAUCCAAGUCGCGCCGCAUUCGGCUUUGGACGGAGAAUCUGUCCUGGGAGAUAUUUUGCGGAUGACGCGCUCUUUUUGGCGAUUGCGUGUAUGCUGCACGUUUUCAAGAUCUCGGACCCGUCCGAGUCUAGGGAGCGAGCACAAGUCCAAUGGUCGUCGGGGCUCGUCAGCGUCCCGAGCCCGUUCCCGUACAAGAUCAUUCCGCGGUUUUCAGGCGCGCAGGACCUGUCGAGGGUGUCAGAACGAUGCAUCAUGAAAGCCACGAGGUGA